CUAUGGGCCAUGGCUUGCUUAUCGGGUCAAGAAUAAAUCCCCCAUAUGUGACUAUAGGACGUGACGUACAGCUUAGUAGGUUAUGCUAUGCAAGCAACACACAUACAGGUUGCAGAUUACGGUGUUAUUUUUUCGAAAAACUUAUUUUGUUAGAAUAUUUAUUGAUUGUAAUUAGCUUCAUAGUUUAACGAAUAUGCCUGCAAGUACGAUGCAUAAAAUUGUUACAUUCCUGGGAUUCGUCUCCAUAUUUCAUGCAGCUUACUCGGCGGUGCAACAUCGCUCUUACUUAAGAAUAACAGAACAAGAAUUUACAACAUUACCAAUUGAUAUAAUUUUGCAAGGAAUUGUUAGCUUAUUUGUAGUUAUGUAUGGAGUAAUGCACAUAGCAGGAGAUUUCAAGGAAAUAAGAGCUGUUGUUGAUUUAGAAAAUAAGACGUGGGAAACAUUGCGCAACCUACCAUCAUUUCAAAUUUUCAAUCACCGAGGAAGAUCUCUAUCCCCCGAAUUCCUAGCAGAUAUUGACAAAAAAGAUAGGAGAAACAAACGUUAAUGAUAAAUUAUUUUUUGUUUUCACCAGAUGAACUUUAGCCAAUUGUUACUGAAUAAGUGAUUGAUUAUAGAAUCUUAAUUGAAUAAGUGAGAUAGAAUUGUACUUUUGUCAAUUUUUAUAUUGAAAAAGUGCUAUACAACUCUAUGUACUGUUAUAUGUGAAUUUCUGAAGUAUGUCUGUAAAGUCAGUUUAUUACAAAGUCUUAAAAUAAAUUUUUAUCUCGUCAUU